AUGAAGCGCGGAAAGGGGUCUGUUGCAGACCAGCACUGGCAUGAUUGGAAUAACAGUAUCGACCCUGAACGGCAAAUCCUUCUAUUGUACAAAGAUGCCGUAGUGGAUAUGUUCAGUGCAAGUUCUAACAUCCAAUGGAACGACUUAGUUCAAAGGCUUCGGGACUUGGAGUCUCCACUCUCACUUUUCGACGGACACGAAGAGCUGCAAAAGUGCGUCAAGAGUAAAAAUAAUAUCAGGACAAUUCCAGCUAUUGCACUGAUUGCGGUAGCACUCAACAACUACGCAGCAUCUCAAAACCAGCCAUUUAAGUUUUGUUGGAGCCAUAUACCACUCUCUUCAGCCAAAGGAGAUCUAUACAUGGCAUUUGGAGCGUGGUCCGCGAAGGAGAUGGAAGAUUGGAAAUCAGCUAGUCCAGGAUUUCGCGCAAAGAGGUGUACUGUUUGGGAGAGUACGAUUCGCCAUAGCUCACGAGCAAUGUGGAUUCCUUAUACUCGGAAAGGAACUAUGGAUUUUCUUCACAACACAAUCACUGCACAGGAUAUUGGAAAGCUUACGUGGGCCGAAAACUGUCUUUCUGAACACGGAAAAGUUCAUCCUGGAGAACUUUUCCUUCUACAAGGGUACAAGACCAAUGCGCACAGAGGACAGUGCAUGACAAGUGGGAAGUUGUACGGAGUACUGCGCAUGUAUUUCCUAGACUCACGUUCCCGCGAGUCGUGGCAUACUCUUAGGCUGCAGGCUCUCAAAGCUAUCUAUGACCGGAGAAGAUCUAGCAAGCAGCAUACGACGACGUUUUGGAGGAAAGUGAGCGACAAGGUAGCCGGAUCAGAGAAGGUCCCGCCAAUGAUCAAGAAGCUGGUGGAUGAUUAGCUCUAGACACCUGCAACCUCCGCUUUGCAGGCUUCCUGGACAUAAGUUCGUCACACUCCU